AUGGCGGCAGCACCCGAUGCCGCAGCGGAUGUGGCUGCCGCGCAAACUCUCGUGCCCGAUGACGCGCCUGAAGACUCGGAUGCCUCCUCGCUCGCCACGGCCGACAGCGCGUCCCUCGCGUCGUCGAUCCUCGCGUACGAAUACGAAAAUGGCCGGCGCUACCAGAGGAAAGACCAAUACUUCCUGCCCAACGACGAGGGCGAGCAGGAGCGGCUGGAUCUGAUGCACCACAUCUUUCUGCUCACGCUCGGUGGCAGGCUCUACGAAGCGCCAAUCCUCGAGGGUGGGAAGACGCCCAAGCGGAUUCUGGACUUGGGAACCGGCACCGGCAGCUGGGCGACGCAGAUCGCGGACGAGAUACCCGAGGCCGAGGUCGUGGGCGUGGACCUGAGUCCGAUUCAAAGUAGUUGGGUACCGCCCAAUGUGAAGUUCUAUGUGGAUGAUAUCGAGUCGCCUUGGACGUAUGGCCCGGACGAGAGCUUUGACUAUAUUCAUCAGAGGGCGCUGUCGGGCUCCAUCAAGGACUGGCCCGCGUUGUUCAAGCAAGCUUUUGCGCACACUCGUCCUGGGGGAUGGUAUGAGGCUCAGGAGUAUCCGAUCGAGGUGACGAGCGACGACGGCACGCACGUCAAGGCCGAAAACGUGAACGAAUGGUGCAAAAACGUCGUGGCGGCAUGUGAUCAGCAGGGGCGACCGAUCGCCAUCACACGGAGCUUGAAAGGUUGGAUGGAGGAUGCUGGCUUCGUCGAUGUACAUGAAGCUGAGUAUAAGGUCCCACUCAGUCCAUGGCCCAAGGACCCCCGACUCAAAGAGAUCGGAAGGUACUACCUCGUGCAAUCGUUCGAAGCCGCCGAAUCCUUCAUUUUACAGCUGUACACCAAGGUUCUGGGCAAGCCGAUGGACGAGACGCGGUCUUUCAUCGACAAGGUCAGAGCAGAGAUCGCGGAUCGCAAUCUGCACAUCUACGCACCAUAUCGCUUCGUGUGGGGCCGCAAGCCAGAAGCUUCGAGCUGA